AUGUCAAAUCAAGCGCACGGAACUGCAACCUCGACGACAGUAGUGAACAGCUCAGAACAACCUGAAGAGUUAGUCUUACGACUGGGAGGGCAUUCUUCUUCAGCGGAAAGGCGGCACAUUGUGUGGUCGACAGACACGGUGGACAACGAGGGAAUGGGCAAGAAGAAGAGCAAGUGCUGUUGCAUCUACAAAAAGCCGAAGAGCUGGCAGGACAGCAGUUCGGACUCUGACUCUGACUGCGAAACAGGCCAUUGUCGAGGUCACGUCGAGAAGCGCAAGGAGCACAACGACGACAAGCCCCCUCCUUCCACUGCAUAA